UGCUGACGUGUCGAACCAUUAUUGUUCUUGUCUCCACGCAAACUGGGAACUUCCGGUUCGCUCUCCUUCAGUCGCUUCGCCCGUGGUCGUUCACCAGCACCACCGCAAGACUCAGUGCACGAUUUCAUCAUAUGAUGCCAGCGGCGGAAGUUUGUUCCACCAAUCAAUUAUGAAGGGCGUUUUAAAAGCAGAAAAUUGCUUCCUCAACAUUGAUCGUUUUCGAAAUCGAAUGGAUUUUGUCCAUAUGAAGCCCUGUUCUUAUCCUUACCACAACAAAACCACCACCGGCGACGGUUCUGUCUUAACGGACGACUUUCGGGUUGUUCUUGUGGUGGUAGAGUCAUACAGAAUUUGGGCAGAUCCAUGGCUGAUUUCAAACAAGGAGGCAGCAAAAACACUGGCACGGUUGGUUUUUGGAUAAUAUGGUCUCAUUCCGUGAUUCGGGUUCCAAUGGAAACUGAAGAGAUUUGGUUGUAUGUAACCUGUUUGAAUAUAUGCAUCUGUCAAAAUUCAAACCAUGGAUGCACAAUUUCUAGGGAUUUCUCUGAUAUAAUACCGAAGGACACUCUCCUCUGGAAGUUGAAGCUUCUCAAAUGUGCUGCUGCUUAUGCUAAUUCCUGUCUAUAUAUGGUAACUGCUGAAGUGCUUUUGCUUGCAAGGUGAUUUUCUCGCUUAAUUUCGCCUUACAUGCAUUGUUGGAGAAGCUUGACAGCAAACGGAAACUGGUCCAAAACCACAUAGUCAUGCUAUGAAGUUGAAGGUGGUCUAAUGAUUAUGAACUACAGGCCUUCUCAAUUACACACCCUUUUUCCUCAAAAUAAAAAUAAAAAAUAAAAAAAAACAGCUAUCUCCUUCCAGACUCAUUCUCUUUAAGCAAAGUGAAUUUCCGCAAGCCUGUAUCUACCAGAAUAUUUCAAUUGAUGCACCAAUCAUUUAUCAGUAGAUUUUAGACAGUUAUGUAUGAAUUGAAUUACAUGUUGUGUUAACAUUAGACUAUCACGUAAUUAAACAUAAUUGAUCUUGUGUUAAUGGUGGAUACUCCCUUCCCCUUUAUGUCUCCGGGUCAGACCGCACCCCUAGUAUUGGGUAACAUGUCUCGUAAUAUACUACUUGUGUAAUUUCUAGACCCU